GACACGCCUCCCCUCCUCCUCACCCUCCUCCCGUCCUCAACCUUUGUCCAACAGGUGAGGCCCAACCUGGGAGAAGCUGCUGCUUCGGGGCGAAGCUUAUAAAUGCAUGGAAACCUCUUCGAUCCAGCUGUUCCUCCCAGACGUGCUUCUGCAGACGAUGCUGUGCAGCUCGGACGGAGCGAUGUUGUCGGGGCUGCUGGGACUCCUCGUCCUGAGCUCCCUGUGCUCGGGCAUGCUGCAACCAGACACCACCCAGCCCAACAUGGAAAGAAGCUCGAGCUCCGACAACAACACCAUUUACUGGCCUGGAUCAGAAAACAACCCCCCCUGGCCACCCAACCCUCGCAGUGGCCCCCUGCCAACAGGUCCACCGUGGCCAUCUGACGGCAACAUGACUGAAAGGCUUCGGAUGUUUGUGCCCGGCGGCUCCUCCAUGCCUCCGAUGCCCCCGAUGCCCCCGAUGUCCAAUCCACCAAUCUGCGACUACCUGUUCAGCUUACCGGAACCGCCGCCUGCCGACCAGAUCCCGCCUUUCUGCAUCUGUUCACACUGUAAAGGAAUUGUGGGGCCCAAAGGAGAGCGAGGAGACCAAGGCCCUCCAGGUGACCCUGGGAGUCCUGGGAGAAGUGGAAUGACGGGCUUCAAAGGUUAUCGAGGAUUCACAGGCCGUCAAGGGAUAAAGGGUCAAAAAGGAGACAUCGGGGAGAAAGGACAUCUUGGCACAACUGGUUUCACCGGGAUGAAGGGAGACCGAGGAUUCAAAGGAGAAAAAGGUGACCAAGGAACUAUGGGGGCCCCUGGUGCAGAGGGCCCCCAGGGAGAAACCGGCACAUGCCCAGCCACUUGCGACAGUGUGCCAGGUGAACCGGGUGAACAAGGCAUGACUGGACCAGCUGGAGCCCGGGGCCUGCCUGGGAUGAAGGGAUUUCAAGGGCCCAAGGGUAUGAAGGGUGAUAAGGGGGACUUAGGCAGACCUGGGGAACCUGGUAUGAACGGCCAGAAGGGGGAAGAAGGUGAACAGGGGAUGUGUGAGUGCACUGAUGGGGCGGACGGUGUUCAUGGAAUGCCAGGAGAAAAGGGCGACAAUGGGGCCAAAGGUGACACUGGUGCAAAGGGCGAGCAGGGCAUCAUGGGGCCAAAAGGCAACCAGGGUGAUAUGGGUAUCAUGGGGCCGCGUGGUCCCUGCUCUCCAGCCAUCCAGUCGGCAUUCUCAGCAUCUACCAAUCAGUCAUUUCCUCGUCCCAACUGGCCCAUUUCUUUCCCACGUGUCCACAUCAACAAGCAGGGACACUUCAACCCAUUAAUGGGUAUCUACACGGCCCCUGUCAACGGCACCUACGUCUUCUGCUUCCACCUCGCAGUUGCCGAGAAGCCACUUAAAGUUGGCCUGUUCCAUGACUUCUACCCGAAAGUCAAAGUGACAGAAGGAACCUACCCAACCACCACUAGCCACAAGGUUGUCCUCCACCUUGCGAUGGGAGACGAGGUAUGGAUGCAGGUCAAGAACAAUGCUACCAACGGCAUGUACACCGACACAGACAGCACCAGCACAUUCUCUGGGUUUCUGUUGCACCCUGACUCCUGUGAAUUUCCCAUGAAUCGAUCUCCCUUCAUGCCACCCCCAACUCGUAGAACCUACAGCUGGGGGGAUGAUGAAGAAACCACUCCUUCGCAAAAUUAGGCUGUAGUCUGUCGCACAGUUAUAGACAAAGCAUCCAUAACAAACGCCCGAUCAAACUCUGUGUAUUUAUAACUGCAAGAUUUAAAGGAGGGGUAUUCUAGACAUGCAGCAUUGUCCACUUUUGAAAUUGAGUUUUCUGUCAGAGAAGUCACUGUGGUGAUGUGCACGUUGUGUGGCUGAUAAUCUUCACUGUCAUUUCUGUGCUGCUGAGUUGAAUUUCAUAUACAGACUCUAUUUAAAGAUGGACAAACUCUCAGCGAUGCCACCCACAGGUUUUCCUUAGAGUAGUUUUGAAGCUCAGUGUGAUGGUUUCACCCAGUGAUAUCUUGGCAGAACCUGAUGCCCCUCAACCCCCAAGCUUUCUCAACAAUGAACAAACGGGUGAAGCAUGAUUGGAGCUGAGGUGGACCAUGGACUAUUGUAUGACAGUGCCCGCAUGUCACUCUAAGUGAUCAUGCCCUAGUUAUACGUGACCUUAAGCCUUCAGAAAAUUUAAACAGAGGAAAUAUACUAAAAAUUAUUCUCGGCACAGUUGUCAUGAUUGUGGAAAUUAGCUCUGAAAACCAAAAUUGCUUUAAGUUCCAGGUUGUAAACAUGUUUGUUUGGACAUUGCAACAAGGAGUUAUAAGGGAACGGACUUGCUUUUAGAGCCUGUCUCAAGUGGACAUUCGAGGAACUGCAGUUUUUGGCACAUUGCACAUUGGCUGUAUUUUUCAGACAUGGAAGUUACCGCUUGGUUUCUUCAUGUAGUUCUAACAGUGGGAACUGCAAGAAGCGGAUUGUGUAGGAGUUGAAACCGAAACUGUUGCUUUUACCAAACUUAUUGCAAAACAGAAAAGAGUCAAAAUGAUAGAAUGGAUAGAGUCUAUACACACAGUGGUAGAGCUUUGAAAAUGAGAACAUAACGCAAAAAUAUGAAUGAACUUUUCUUCUUUGCAGGAAAUUCAUUUUUUUUGUCAGUUUAAAUUGAAAAAUGUAACGUAUAUUUGAAAAAUGGAAAAAAUAUUAUUUCUGCAUUGCCAUUUUAUCCAAAUCUUCUAAGAAAACAAUAUGUUUUCAGACUAAAUUUUAGACAAAACUUGAUGCUGUAUUUUUGCAUUGUGUGUGUUAAUAAACAACCUGCUGUUAGAAUACUUGAACCUAAACAACUGCUUGCAGAAAUGUGAAGAAAUGAAGAAAAAAGUGACAUAGAUAUUGACCCUGAAAAUACCCCCUCUUUAAAUGUGGAGAUAAAUUCACUUGUGAUUGCAUCUAUACUUUCCAGGAUGGAAAGUUUGACCAGACUACGUUUGAUAAUGUGUUCACUUUCAUAAACUGCUAGAUUGCUAAACUGGCCAAAGACUUUUUCAGGCAUUUGCAGAAAUUCAAAGCUGCUCUAAUGUUAAAUAUUUUUAAAAUGAGAUGUAUUUUUUUGCUUUAGGACCUUUAUCAUUUCAUCUUUUCAUAUGCUGAUGGUGCAUAAAGAAAAAAAAUCUGUUAAAAUAUCAACCUCAGCAAAUGCUUCGAUGGCAAGAGCUUCUACAUUUAAUUUCCAUUAAAAGCAAUGUUGUCUGAAAAUUGACAAAUAGAUUAAAACAUCUACAGCCUACUCUCUGAUCUCAUUUGUACACUGAUUAAUUUUAUGUCCUGCUAGCUUCUUUACAGGGUUUUUCUAGCUCAAAAUGGGAAUGUGUUGCUUUAAAGUAUUUUUACUGCGGUUUCUUUCGUUCAUUCUGCAGGUCAGUUCAUGCAAACUGUAUGUGUUCAGCAUCAUUACAGUACUGAAGGCUGUUUUCAGCAGCUCAUUUACCUCCAAUGUUUUGCAAACCUAAGUUUGAGAGUACCAGUGCAAAACAUGACCCUGAAAGUUUUGCAGUUUUGCUCCCUUAUUUCAGUUGUGAUAUGACAAUGGUAUUUUCAAAUACAAGCCAACCAAAUACUCUGAAGGUUUAGUUAUUUGUAUUAAUAACUAAAAAUAAAGGUUCCUGCUCUUGUAA